CCAACGAUUAAGAUACUGCUGUUAGGAUUGGACAAUGCGGGCAAAACAACCACUGCCUUACAUCUCAUCGGAGAUUCGUUGGAAGAUAUAAUACCAACGAUUGGUUUCUCAAACUUGGAAAUGAGGAGAUAUGAGAAAUACCGAGUAGUGGUGUACGACUUGGGCGGAGGCGCGCGAAUCAGAGCCAUUUGGAAGAACUAUUUCGCUUUAAUACACGGAAUCGUUUUCGUUAUCGACUCUUCGGAUAUCAGCCGAGUUCUGGAGGUUAAAGAUGUGAUCGAGGAAGUGGUCUCUAAUGAUAAAAUAUCUGGAAAACCGAUUCUAGUGUUUGAAACGUGUUCAGCGAAUACUAGACCAGAAAAUGGAUCCAAAAUAGAUCCGUCGAUUGAUAGCGGAUAUAAAUGGCUGUUAAGUUUUGUAGCGAAAAAUUGGUUUCAAUUGAAUAAUAGAGUGGAAACCGAUUCUAACGAACAGUUUUCUAACGAGAAGAAGAGUUUGGAGGAGAGAAUGAAUCGAUUUAGAAAUAAACGAUUUGAGACACAAGAAGAUGAGAAUGAUUUCGCUAAUAAGGAAGACUUCAUUAAAAACGGGAAUCCAUUCAAAGCUAUCGAUGAUGUGAUCCGAGAUGUCGAGCAAAAGAAGUUUGAUAUGAAUAAUAGCCAAAUGAAUGGCAACUUUGAAAAUAAAAAUCUUGUUAAUGGAAACAAAGAUUUUGGGUCAAAGAAUAUGGACUCGACUUCUUCCGACAGAGACGACACCUCCGAUCACAGCAAUGAAUCCAAUGAUAGCAACGAUAUUCUGACAAACAAUUCGUUAUCUGAUGAGAAAGACCACAUAGACACGGAUCAGACAUCCGGUACUCAAACUUAUUCUAUCGAUAAGACCCCCACAAGAACUGGCGAUUCACAGACACAUCGCCACCAAAAGCAAGCCGUCGACGAAGUGAUCAUCAAAAGCGAUGCCAAAACUACUAAAGGUUUAGACGACACCUCCGAUCACAGCAAUGAAUCCAAUGAUAGCAACGAUAUUCUGACAAACAAUUCGUUAUCUGAUGAGAAAGACCACAUCGACACGGAUCAGACAUCCGGUACUCAAACUUAUACUAUCGAUAAGACCCCCACAAGAAGUGGCGAUUCACAGACACAUCGCCACCAAAAGCAAGCCGUCGAUGAAGUGAUCAUCAAAAGCGAUGCCAAAACUACUAAAGAUGUCGAGUCCCGAAAGUCAAUGAGUCCUGAGAGCAGCGAAAUGUCUAUUACUCCUAAUCGAUAUAAUAAUCAUAAAAAAGCCAAACGAAAGACGAAAGCAAUGAGAAAUAGUAAAGUAUCGCCCGAUUUGAGUAAAAACAGCUGAGAAUUACAUUUUUAUAUUUCAUAAAUAUCAGUACUUAUUCUCGUAAAAACUUUUUUGGAUCAAAAAACACCCGAAA